AUGCUGUUAAGUGAGUUUGAUAUCGUGUACGUGACUCAGAAGGCAAUAAAGGCACAAGCUUUGGCUGAUCAUCUUGCAGAAAAUCCCGUUGACGAAGAAUAUGAACCUCUCAGGACAUAUUUUCACGAUGAAGAAGUGUCAUUUGUGGGUGAAGAUAUAUCUGAAGCUUAUCCAGGUUGGAGAUUGUUCUUCGAUGGAGCGGAGAAUCACCAGGGUAGAGGUGUUGGAGCAGUCUUGGUAUCAGAAUCUGGUCAGCAUUAUCCUAUGGCGGCUAAACUGCGCUUCAACUGCAUAAACAACAUGGCUGAAUAUGAAGCUUGUGUUCUUGUACGUGCAAAAUCUGUGCAAAAUCUGUGCAAAAGGUUCCGCAAGAUCGAUUUCAGACAUACUCCUAGAAUACAAAAUGAGUUAGCUGAUACUCUUGCCACCAUCGCUUCAAUGAUCAAACAUCCGGAUACUGAUUACAUCGACCCGUUGGAUAUAGACUUGAAGGAACAUCCAGUCCAUUGUUCACAUGUUGAAUCAGAACCAGAUGGUUUUCCUUGGUAUUUCGACAUAAAGAGGAGGACUCCAGAUUUGGGUCUUUUAAGAUGUGUAGAUGCGGCUGAAGCUGUAAGGCUUAUUGAACAGAUACAUGCUGGAGUUUGUGUGCACGGCGAUCUGAUACGGGUGGCACCUCACGAACUUAAUGCUAUGAGUUCACCUUGGUCAUUCGUAGCUUGGGGAAUGGAUGUCAUCGGUCCUAUAGAGCCAGCCGUUUCUAAUGGAUUCGGAGUUCCAGAAUCCAUCAUUACUGAUAACGGUGUGAAUCUCAAUAGUCAUCUGAUGAAAGAAAUAUGUGAACAAUUCAAGAUUAUUCACCGGAGGUCCACUGCUUAUCGCCCUCAAAUGAACGGAGCUGUAGAGGCCGCCAACAAGAAUAUCAAGAAGAUUUUGAAGAAGAUGAUUGACAAACAGCGAGGUUGGCAUGAAAUGUUGCCAUACACUCUACUAGGUUAUCGAACGAAGGUCAGAACAUCGGUUGGGGCUACUCCAUACUUGCUAGUAUACGGAACAGAAGCAGUCAUACCUGUUGAAGUCGAGAUACCGUCACUGAGGAUCAUCCAAGAAGCUGAGUUAAGCAACGCGGAGUGGGUUAGUAAGCGGACUGAUCAACUAGCCUUGAUUGAUAAAAAGAGAAUGGUCGCCGUCUGCCAUGGCCAGUUGUAUAGACAGAGAAUGACUCGCGCUUUUCACAAAAGAGUAAGAGCCAGAAAUUUUGAAGUUGGUCAGUUGGUUCUUAAGCGUAUUUUUCCUCACCAAGACGAGCACAAAGGAAUGUUCGCACCAAACUGGCAGGGUCCCUAUAUGGUUCGUAAAGUACUAUCGGGUGGUGCUUUGGUCCUGUCCGAGAUGGAUGGCGCUGUAUGGCCCAAGCCUAUCAACUCAGAUGCUAUCAAGAGAUACUACGCUUGA